AUGAGCGCGAGUUCAGAUACUGAAGUUAAAAAGCAGUCACUACUGCUGACGAUUUCAAAGUUGUCUAAAAAUGAGAUAGUAGGGAGAGACAUAUUUGGUAGAACUGUUCUUCAUAUAUUAAUUUUAACAAAUAGGCUUGAUUUAUUGAAACAUCUACUCAGAAAUAGUGAAGUUAAGAAAGUUUUACCACUAGCGGAUUACGAAAAUGGCUGGAAUUGUUUGCACUAUGUUUUUUUCUACAAAAGGAUAGCUUGCUUUACAUUAUUAUUAGAACAGCUAGGGAACAAUAAUAGCUUGCAAUCCAACACUUCCUUUUAUGAACUUAUGAGGAGCAAAGAUAGAAACAAACUAACACCAAUACAACUAUUAGGCAAUGAUUUCAAAGAUCUUUAUUGGAUACCUGAAUAUAUUGAUGAGAAUAACGAGUACCAUUUACAACAUCGGUUUAUUGUGAGCGAGGGUCAAUCACUGGAAGGAGCCAACAAGGAACCAUCUGCUCGAAGAACGAAGAAAUCUGAAUCCAAAUGGCUGCCAGAGUCAAGAUGUGGCUCAGACAUCUAUAUGUAUGGGUCUAAUAUCAAUAAUAAUUUAGGCGUGGGAGAUGCCUCAGAUCGGGCAAUUCCUUCUCGCUUGUCACAUAAAUUUUUCAGAGUUAAUGUCAACGAACAAGCUCUGAUUUAUGAAAAACUACAAAAACCAAGAUAUAGGUCGGUAAAGUUAUCAAAAAAUCAUUCUUUGGUGCUCACAAAAGACGGAAAUUUGUUUUCUUGUGGCGUGGGUUCUAAAGGCAGAUUGGGCCACGGGACAAAAGAUUUAGGUAACGAUUUUCGAUUUAAGCUCAUAGAAUUUUUUCAUUACAGUGGUCUCGGAUCUCAAACAUGCUGCCAACGAAAGAAAGUGAAAGAAAUAGCUAUUUCCAACCAUCAUUCAAUUGCGUUGACUUCGGAUAAUGAAAUAUACACAUGGGGAUUAAAUAACUUCUUUCAGUUAGGGCCCCUGGUUUCAUGUUCAGCUUCUGCUACGUUGGGUGGGUUUAAGGACCAAAAGGAGGCGUUUGAUGCAACACCUAGAGAAGUUUUAUGUGGCGAUUUGAGGCGAAAUACUCAUUUCAUUAGGGGAAUUGCUGCCUCAAAUGUUCAUUCUUUAGCUUUUGCGAAGAAUGACAUAUUUUUUUGGGGAUUAAAUCUAGGUCAAAUGGGGUUCACUACAGAUGUUGGUAAAAUACACGAGUUUAGACUGAGGGCCACAUUGUAUAAGGGAAGAAUUCAAGAGACUCCCAAGAAGAUAUCAUUGAGAGAGGAUAUCAAGUUUGUUGAAACUAGCGAGACCUGUACUUGUGUGAUAACAACUAAUAAUGAAAUUCACAUGUACUUCCAGCAUCAACAUUAUAAGCUUCCCAAGAUACCAGCCAAAGGGAAUCUUGAAAAUAAUUUUGAUGUAUUCAAGCCCACGAGGUUAACACAAAUGAUCAGUAUUGAAAAAGUUGCCUUAAGGAAUCAUCAAUCUAUUGCUCUUUUGCUCGAUAAUGGUGAUGUUGUAGGAUUCAAUUUAUCUCAGGAUGACUUCAGAAAUACAAAAUACAAUUUUGUGUGGAAAUCUUAUGACAGCGAUAUGCGAGCGGUCGACAUUGACGUAUCUGGUGAUGGCUCGAUAAUUCUUUGCACCAGGAAUGGUUCCUUAUUCCUCAAAUCAAAUCAGCCAAGACUGCGAAAAAAUUCGAUGGUUGAAUCGUCUAAAUCUUUGGUUCCUUUAUUUAAGAAUAAGUUCAGAAAAAUAGAAAGUAUGAAUAAAGUUACGAAGGUUGCUUGCGACUCUGAUUUUUUGUCAUUUGCGUUUAUCCGAGAUGAAAUUGAUGCAUUACCUUUUAAACUACAGAAAAAUGAUUUUUUUAAAGACAUUGAGUACCUUAGUGCCAUUAAUAAUGCGAAGUGUGAUAGGAAACAAGAGAUGAUUCUUCAAGAUCCCAGUGCAAAUGAUAAUUAUGUUACAGACUUUUUGUAUACUAGUAUAGUCAGAGAUAAGAAUUCCUCGCAAGGUUCCGCCUAUUCACGAGAUAUUCAAGGAGAAGAACAGCAUGAAGAUGACGAAGAUGAAGAAAAAGAAGAAGGUCACGAAGAAAUCAAUGACUUAAAGUGUUCUUUUGAUUUACUCUAUCGGAGACACAUCAGUAGAUAUGAUUCACUGACCCAUAAGAGGACAACGGUAAGGAAAACUUACCAGAAUUCAGUUUCAAAUGGUGUUGCCUCAAGAAUUCAUAACUAUUAUUUGGAUAAGGAGAUGGAAAUUAUAUUAAAGAGCUUAACGAAAGGAGAUAGAGAUUAUGAUUUUGUGAUAAAAAUACUCAAUAUCGAUGUUUCCGUUCCUUUCCAUAAAAAGAUAUUCGAAAAAAGGAGCCCCUUUUUUAAUAAAAUUUUGAACAAAUCUUUUAGCGGUAGAUUUGACGAAGGUGGCUUGACGGGGCACGUAGAUCUUAUUGAGAAGGUUAUAAUCAUUGAAAACCAAAUCGAUAUAAGAUCAUUACUUAUAUUCGUAUAUCUUGUCUACACCAACACAACGUUAAGCAUUUGGGAUCAAUAUCCCACUGGCUCAAAUUGCCCAUCUGAAAUAAGGGUCGUGAAAGAAGGCUUUGAAAGUCUUUUGCAUUUGUCUCAACUAGGAAACAGUUUUGGAAAACUACCUAAUCAAAGACAGUUUUUGAAAGCUUUCGAAAGCAUACUCGAAGAGAACGACGGGAACGUAUUAGUCAAUUUAAAGGAUGGUCUGACAACUUGUUACUCCCCUAUUCUUAUCGCAAGGUCUGCAUUUUUUGAAACAAUAUUUUCAACCAGAUGGACCACCAAUAUUUAUACAAUAAACUUCGAGUCAUUCAGCCGAUUUCAAUUUAAUGUGAUUUUGAUGCAUAUAUAUGGUAAAAGUAAUCAUGAUUUAUUCAACAUGUUUAGUGAAAUACUGAACAGUUGUGAUGAUUUUAUAAACCAUAUGUUGGAAUUCAUAGAAAUUGCCGACCAAUUAAUGCUCUUUGAUUUGAAAGAUCUUUUUCAGCUAGCUAUUAAGGAUCUCGUCACUUUGAAUAAUGUUCUCAUAUUAUUAUUGCAUGCAAAUAAUAUGAACGCAAAAAAACUUUUCAUGAAUUGUUGUUGGUUUUUUUACAACAAUCUUGAGAUAUUGUUGUUCGACCCCAUGAUCAAGGAAUUACCACUUGAUGUUUUGAAAUCUAUGGAAAGGCAUAUGAUUUUUUUUCAACGAUGUAAAUCAGUUGAUCUUUGGAAUUCAGGACAUGUCACUGGAUUAUACGAAGACAAAGGUUGGUUUAAAAAUAAUUCAACUUUUCUAAUUUCCUCAUUUCUCUUCAAUCGCAUUGAUUUCAAUGAGCUUUUUAUAAGUGAUAAAAAAGGAUGUAAUGGCUUUGAACCAUUAGUAGAAGCAAAAUAUGAAGAGAAAAAGUUUGAUUAUAAGCAAAAGAAUAGAAGUAAUUCAAGGAAGAGCUCAUCUAAUGGUUCCGACGUUGAUAUAUUCAGAAAAUUUGCUCAAUCGGAAAUACGCAAGGCGAAUGAAUCUGCAAUAGACGAAAGCUUUGAAGAAUUGGAACAGGAUUCUAAAGGGGAAAGCUCUAUUCAUAAUGCAUCAUCUACAAUAAUAACCCCUAAUGAAUCACUGUCUGAUAAAGAAUCAUUUAAAAUAAAUCGAAUACGCACAAGCCCUGAAACACCUCUCCUCUCUAAAGAAAAUCAAUCGGCUUUGAGCAAUCCUCAAAGAAAGAAUUCAACUCCUAUUAAUGCGUGGAAUUCUAAGCCGGAGACAUGCUACAUAGAGAAACAACCGAUAUUAGGCAAGGAAGUUUCUGCGAAUACCAAGGGUUCUUCUAAAGUGAAGAUAGGUCCAACUAUGCGUUUAUCACAAAAAGAAAGGAAAAGGUUAGCAAGCUCUAAUUAUAAUUAUAGUUGUGAGUCUACAACCAGUGGUAAUACGUGGUCUAUAGAUGGGCAAUACUCAUCUGGGAGCUCUGAAAUCUCAGUGAGUGAAAAAAGUUCCAUAAGAAAGGAUGAAAGUAACCAAAAUCUAAGUAAGGAUCACGAACCAUAUUCCUUGAACCCCAAAGAAGAGACUACGAACGUAUUGUCACUAGCUGAGGUAAUGCUCCAAGAAGCGCUUAAGGUUGAAGAAGCUAAGGAGAUACAGAGAGAACGUCAGUCGUUGCAAGAUAUUCAGAGGGAGCAAGAAUUUGCGAAGUGGUGGGAAGAGGAAACUGCGAAAGUUCAAAAGCAAAUGAUGCCACAAGAAAAAGGAGACUUGAAAAAAAGUAAUAGACAAAUUAAAUCAAAGGCCCCGAAGAGAAACAGAAAUAAAGUCAUCAAUUCUUUACCACGGUCUUCUAUGAGCCAAAAUUUAAAAAAUGAAAAGUGA